AUGGACAUGGAUCAUUUGAUCGGCCAGAGGUUCAACCUCAUCUCCAAAAGUGAAAUUCGCUAUCUCGGCACGCUUCACGAAAUAAACCCUGAACAAUCUACAAUCGCACUCGAGAACGUCUACUCGUUUGGGACCGAAGAUCGAAAGGCGGAGAAAUUUAUCCCCCCUUCACAGCAGAAAUAUGGCUUUAUCGUUUUUCGAGGCAGCGAUGUCAAGGAUAUCAAGAUUGCAGAGGAGGAACAGUCACAGCCAUCUCCUCCUCCAAGCAUGCCAAAUGAUCCAGCUAUUCUGAACGCGUCUCAGCCAGGUCCGCCGCCUCCUGGUCCCCCACGCGAACAUUUCUCUCCUCCUGGCUACCCUCCGCAUCCUCCCUUCGGCGGCUUCUAUCCUCCAGGGCAAUUCGGCAGAGGGUAUGGUCCCCCUCCUGGUGGAUUUGGACCUCCUGGACCUGGGUUCUCACCUUACGGGCCGCCUCCCCCUGGAUACUUUGGUCCUCCAGGGCAGGGCUUCCCGCAAGGCCCUGGUCCCCAGUUUCAACCUUCCCCGGCCCCCAUUGGACCUCCAAGUCAGGGUAACAAUGGUCCGCCACCCGCAUCUCAACCUCCACAAGACCCUCAUUCUCGACCUGCUCCGAAUAGUGCGAAUAACAACCUCACUUCCGAACUACCAGUUGACAACAAAGCUGCCCAACCCCCCUUCCCUGUACCACCAAAAGACGCCCCAACUCAAUCAAAGCCCACAGCCGCUCAGGUGGCGGCUAAGCCGCCUCCAGCACCAAAAACUGGGUCCCAGGCGGCACCGACAAAAGCUGCGGCACCAGGUCCCAAGUCCAGUAAAGUCGCCCCAGCAGUUCCUUUCACAGUCAAUCAAAAAUCAUUCACUCCUCCAGCUGUACCUGCAGCAGAUGUGUCAGCAACGAAUGGCACUGCCCCGAAACCUGCAAAGCCCAUUUCGUCUCAAUCAGCAAUGGACGAGGCAGCCAGACAAGCGAAAGAAGCGGUAGCAGCGGCUAUGGCUAAGCUUAAUCCCCAAGCAGCAGCUACCGCGCAGACCAAACCCGCUCCCAUAUCAGCAUCUGUUGAUGCGGUAACAAGGAAGCUGGCAGAAGUGUCCACCUCAGGCUCCACGAACGGCACCGUCCGUGGAGGUAGAGGCUCGUUCCGCGGCCAACGAGGUGGACGUGGCGGUGGAGCCAAGAGGAUUGAAAUACCAAACUCUGACUUCGACUUCGAGUCUGCAAAUGCGAAAUUCAACAAGGAAGAUCUGAUCAAAGAAGCCAUAGCCACAGGAUCUCCGCCCGUUGCUGGAGCCGAGGAGAACGUGGUAUCUGAGCCAGUCGACGGCGACGCGACAGCCACUACACCGCAAAGAAAGGACAGUUUGAAUGCUGCCCCAGCUUAUAACAAAUCCAGUUCAUUCUUCGACAACAUAUCUUCCGAAGCAAGAGAUCGCGAAGACGGUGAUCGAAGCACCGGUAGACAAAUCAGAAGCGAAGAAUACAAGAAGAACCUGGAGACAUUUGGUCAAGGAAACGUCGACGGCGGCUACCGAGGACGCGGCAGGGGUGGCUAUGGCCGUGGCCGUCAGUAUGGAGGUAAUUACCGCGGUGGCUACGGAAACCGAGGCCAUGGAUAUCGAGGAAAUCGCGGCCGGGGUGGUCAGGGACAGCUCGCUGACCAGGCUUAA